AUGAACAAUCUCAACCUCUUGUCCGUCAUGAACUUUCUUUUCGUUGGUAGGAGAGCCAAGACAAAGGUUGUGUAUAAGCUGGUUCGGCAAAGGAGAAGAGAAUGGGCCUGUGCCCGUUGCUUUCCAAAACCAGAGUGCGUUCUUCAUUGCAACAUCGCCAAUGGCCGAAGAGAGGAUCGCAAGACGAAGGAUAACCGGCUCAGAAGCAUGGAGUAUAUGCCUGUAUUAAUCGAGGUAUCCUCCAACUUCACCAAACUUGUCGAUUGGUCCAUACUCCGUAUUCUCAUGGGCGAUCAAGCAGAACCGGUGAGGCCUGGCGCAUCUCCAGGGGUUUGUCUGCCAGGGAAAAUCUCGAGCAAGCCAACGUUGGCCAGUUGCGUGGUCGUUCGCGGGCGUGUUGAUCCCCCGCAUCGCCAACAUAAUCCAUCAUCGCACUUGAUAGAGUUGAUGCCGCCCGGGACCGUUUUCUCGAGCACCAUCGCGAUCCUGCGUGGUUGUCCUCUCGCUAUUUUUACUCAUCGCUGUUUCAUCAGCAAACCGCAUCGCUUGCGAUCGCCCUGGCCGAGAAAGUCGGUGGUUGGGCAUUGA